UUUUCAAGUCCAAAGGUUUAUUUCAAUUUUUUUAAGCAACAAGUACAUACCUUAACCAGCAAGAUGAUAAGACAAGGAAUAAGAAGAUUGAAGCAAGUCGCGCCCAGCGUUAGGGCUAUGUCCAGUCAAGCAAACCUAACAAGCUUGAAUGCUGACAAUGAAGGUAUUGCAGUCCUAACGUUACAAAGACCACCUGUGAAUAGUCUUAACUUGGACUUGCUGCAAGAAAUAAGCAAAUCUCUGGAUGAAGUUAGCAAGAAUAAAUUCAGAGCCCUGAUUCUGACUUCUGCAUCACCAACAGUAUUUUCAGCCGGUCUUGAUAUUAUGGAGAUGUACAAACCUGAUAUGAAAAGAGCAGAACUUUUCUGGACAACAUUGCAAGAAGUUUGGCUAAAACUCUUCGAAGCCAGCUACAUAACCGCUGCUGCGAUUAAUGGCCACGCACCAGCUGGUGGCUGUUUACUAGCCACAUCAUGCGAAUACCGCGCUAUGGUGAGCGGCAAAUACACGAUAGGGCUCAACGAAACGGCCCUCGGUAUUGUGGCCCCAGUGUGGUUCAUGGGCAGUCUAUGCAAUACAGUGCCUAGUAGAGAGGCGGAAUUGGCACUCACUACGGGAAAACUGUUCACUGUUGAUGAGGCUUUGAAGGUGAGUCUUAUCGACGAUGUUGCGACUGACAAAGAGGAUGCGAUAAAUAAAUGCAAAGAAUUUAUAAAGAAGUUCAACAGGAUUCCGCCAUUAGCAAGAGCGGUCACUAAACAAAAGUACAGAGCCAGUACAACCCAAUGGUUAAAAGACAAUAGGAAAGCUGAUGUCGCAGAGUUCUUAGGUUUCCUAAGUAACCCUAAAAUACAACAAUCGUUGGAAAUGUACAUCCAGUCUUUGAAACAGAAAGCAAAAUAAAUAUAACUUUUUAUACCAUAUAUAUAUAUACCUUGUAGUAUAAUGACCAUUUUACCUGUGAAAUGUAAAAAACGCAUCCACGUGAAUGUCAAUUAUUAUACAAUUUUAGAUAUAGGUAUACUUACACGAUUG